GUGUCAAAUUACUGCCGGUUGCCUAGCAACCUCAAUAAUAAAGGGCACUCGAAAGUAAGGGACGAAGUGCGGGCGUCGGAGUAAACAUGUAUCAGCGCGCGGAGAUAUACCUGAGCCGAAAGAAGAAGGUUCGAGAAGCAUUCCGCUCAAACACCUACAGGAUAUUCGAUGAAAAAGUCCCCGAGCGCUUAAAUCCAGACGAGGUGAUCAAGGACCAUAAGUAUGUAUCCCGGGAUCCAGAAGUGACAGAGACGCUAAAGACGCACAAUAUCCCACAGCCUUACAAAGUCAAGUUCAUCAGGACCAAUGUGAGGUUCCUCAACGAGCCCAUUGUUUACAUGGAAACCGACAACACAAAGGACGAACAGUCUACAUGGUGGCUGAAUACACCAGACAAGAACGAGUCUAGAAAAACAGCAUACAGUAAGGAGAGUACUCAGAGACGUGACUUCCAACCGAUCACACACAUUCCACUGACCAGGGUUCAAGGGGAGAGAAAUAAGCCUCCAGCUACAGGAAUCGUUCCGACGUUGAGUCCUCUUGGCCAGCCUAAAGAACUAGUGGAGCACAUGUCCUUCAUUCACCAGUAUGACUCCAGGAGAAUUCACAACCAACCCUAUCAAGGAAAACGUCAUGGAGCUUUUGUGUGGAGCAAAAGGGGGGCGAUGGGGCCCAGCGCAUUCCAGAGCUCAGAGGGGCUUCGUGCGGACUCAGAGGGGGAAACGUACAAUAUGAACUCUUCCCAGCAUGCCCUUCAGUCCUCUCCACAGAUGUAUGUGUCCACUGGGACCUUCUCCACCCAGUCAAAUCCUGACCAUGGGAACUCCUACAGCAGGAAUGACAAGAUGGCAGGGAUCCCUGCUUAGUCCAGUGGGAUCAAAGUCACAACAUGUGGACGCUUUCGAGAACCAUGCUGCUCUUAGGUUCAUGUAAUACACAAUAAAUUUCUCCAGUGAUGUAUUUACAUUAGUCGUGUUACAAUCUGUAACUUAUAAUAAAGUGAAAAAUAUGUCUCCAUUCCUUUUCA